GGGCGGGGCGCGGCCCCCGGGAGAGGCGCGGAGCGCAGGGGAGGGAGCGACCGCCGCGCCGCCGAGAGCCCCGCGCUCCGGAAGUGAAGUGGCCAGACCACCGGCUAAUGGAUGCGGAGCGGAGGGCCCGCUGACUGCUCUCGGCUUCACCGGAAGCUUGGCUUGGCUGAAGCUAAGACCCAGACACACCAUUGGGCAGAGUUGGGUGACAUCAUCCUGUGCUAGAAGCUGAAUAAAUAAGCUCCUUGACUCUUAUGGAACAUUCUGGAAUGCGUAAACAGGAGUCCAGGGCACUCUGCAGUGAGACGUCUCUCCAGGACUUCUGAGAGCUGGAGUGGAGGUGUUUCCCCAUUGACUAGAGAGAAGUGAAGCAGCACAGACGGGGAAAGUGGUGAAAACAGCUCUCGAAGGUGCCUUGGGCGGUCAGAGAAGGGUCAGCACCACCAAGUGGCUGCUAGCAUUGGCGAGUGAGACAGCAGCCACCAGACUGCAGAGCCACUGACACUACCAGCCACCCCAGGUCUAGAGACGUAACAGGAGGUUCUGAGUUCUUGCCACUGGGCAAUAAGGGUUAUUGGUCCAGAAGACUGAGACUGCUCUUGGAGUGACCUGACCCAGGUCCAUUCACUGGUGGGUUGUAAGUUUAGAAGCUCCUCAGGAUAGUCUCCAUCCUAAGGCAGUGCCCAUCUGCACUAAUUAGUACCCAUAGAGUCAGAGCGAGUAAAUAUUCAGGACGAUGGCGCUGGCACUGCUGGAGGACUGGUGCAGGAUAAUGAGCGUGGAUGAUCAGAAAUCGCUGAUGGUUAUGGGGAUACCAGUGGACUGUGAUGAGGCUGAGAUUCAGGAGGUUCUCCAGGAGACUUUGAAGUCUCUGGGCAGGUAUAGACUGCUUGGCAAAAUAUUCAGGAAGCAGGAGAAUGCCAAUGCUGUGUUAUUAGAGCUCAUGGAGGACAUUGAUGUCUCAGUGAUCCCCAGUGAGGUUCAGGGAAGGGGGGGCAUCUGGAAAGUGAUCUUUAAGACCCCUAACCAAGACACUGAAUUUCUUGAAAGACUGAACCUCUUUCUAGAAAAAGAGGGGCAGACAGUCUCCGGGAUGUUCCGGGCCCUUGGGCAUGAGGGAGUGUCUCCAGCCGCAGUGCCCUGCGUAUCACCGGAGUUAUUGGCCCAUUUGUUGGGCCAGGCAAUAGCACAUGCCCCUCAGCCUCUGCUCCCCAUGAGAUACCGGAAACUGAGAGUGUUCUCCGGGAGUGCUGUGCCGGCGCCAGAGGAAGAGCCCUUUGAAAUCUGGUUGGAACAGGCCACUGAGAUAGUCAAAGAGUGGCCGGUAGCCGAGGCAGAAAAGAAAAGGUGGUUGAUGGAAAGCCUGCGUGGCCCUGCCCUGGACCUCAUGCAUAUAGUGCAGGCGGACAAUCCGUCCAUCAGUGUGGAGGAGUGUUUGGAGGCGUUUAAGCAAGUGUUUGGAAGCCUGGAGAGCCGCAGGACCUCCCAGGUGAAGUAUCUGAAGACCUAUCAGGAGGAAGGAGAGAAGGUCUCUGCCUAUGUGUUGCGGUUAGAAACCCUGCUCCGGAGAGCUGUGGAGAAGCAGGCCAUCCCGAGGAACAUCGCGGAUCAGGUCCGCUUGGAGCAGGUCAUGGCUGGGGCGAGCCUUAGCGAGAUCCUCUGGUGUAGGCUCAGGGAGCUGAAAGACCAGGGGCCGCCUCCCAGCUUCCUCGAGUUGAUGAAGGUGAUCCGGGAAGAGGAGGAGGAAGAGGCCUCUUUUGAAAACGAGAAUAUUGAAGAGCCAGAUGAAGGGGACGGCUAUGGCCACUGGGACAAUGAGGCAGAUGACUGAAAACCAACUCAGAGGGGGGCCCACCGCCACUGGGCUUGGGGCCGUUCGCUUUACCAGGCUAAGACCUUGUCAAUAUGUUUUUCUUUACUGUACGCAAUUGAAAUCAAGGCGUUCAAGCCAGGUCUUGAUUCUUCUUUCUAAAAAAAAGCCUGAGGGUUUCUUGGGCCCUUCAUAGAUUAUGAACAAACAAAAGAUUAAAUUCCAAAUGUGAGACAGGAAGCCUAAAGGAAUCUGAAGCACUUCAGGUUUCCUUUAAAUACCCCCAAACAGACCAAAGUUUACCCACACCAUAGAAGAAAGAAAUGAUGUGAGAAGAAAUAUCUUUUGUAAUCUAUUUAAAAAUCUGAGCUCUUUGACUUGUUGGGUGUUUUCCUUUCUCAAAUCAGCAGAUUCCCUCUGAGUCCCCAGCAGCAUGAGGCACUGGUCAAGGAGAACACAGUCAUAAACCCACGAGCAGGGGCCGUGCUCUCAGGGCACCUGCAGUCUCGUUGAGGACGUGACCUUGACAAGUGAAAAGCUAAAUAUGUAACCUCAUGUGUAAAUAAGUUCAUGAUGCCAAUAGAAGCGUCAUUGCCAAGUGAGUACAGCUGUCUCUGCCGUUCUGUCUUUUUCUUUUCCUGACUUGGAGAGCGUGCCUCCUGCUUCCCCAGGAGGUGUCGGCUGGACAGUUCCAGGCACUGUGCUAGGCCCUGAAGACACAGAUGACUCAGCCUAACCCUUGCUUUCAAGAGGUCUGCAGUGUGACAGGCGUGCUCCGAGAAGGGAGACAUUAGAAGAGACGGUGCUGGAGAGUGGGGACACACAGGCCGUGUUUGGAUUUGGUGAGCAGGCUGGUCUGGUUAGAGAGGAAGAUCUUUCAUGGUGACAGAGGGCAAAGAGCAGAGGAAGGGAACUCACAUUUGCUGAGGGCCUACUAUGUGCCAGAUGCUUUACGCAGAUCUCUUUUAACAUGUCCAGCAGCCCCAGUAUGGUAUGAUUUUGCUCUUUUUGAAAGACAAAGAAACUGAAGCUCAGAUGGGUUAAGUGGCUUUCUCAGUAUCAAACUGCUGACGAGGGGCAGAGCUGAGACCGGAGUCCAGAGCUCUCUGACUUUCACUAGUCCUCUCUCCACUGUCACUGUGGUUUUCGAACUCUGCUGUGCAGGUCUGCAGCGAUUUUUCAGCAGUUCCAUCUUUAAAGUGUACUUUAAACUCUUUAAAUCUCUAAUAAAUGACAGAUAGACUCAAGUCUGUUAUCCAAAUUUUAACACAUUGGCAUUCCCCAGCAGACUUGCUUUUGAUUCGAGAUUGACUCAUUUUGUGCAGACCUUGGAGAAAAGGUUCCCUUGAGAUAUCUGAGUGCAUAUCAGAAGUUCUUUUAAUCAUGCACAGACUAAGGAAGUGAUAGCACCUUGUGGGUGUUUAAAUCAGGCCCAUGCCUGUGCUGUGAUGUGAAGUGUGCCAGCAGAGCAUAAAUGGGCACCAUUCAGUUCACUGCUAGACAAGGCUCCCACACAGUGACAGAUAGCAUCCUGGAAGCUUCGUGUAUCCAAUAAACAAGUUGCUCAACUUCUCUAAACAUCAGCUUCUUCAUCAGAAAAAUGGGAAAAGAAUAGAAUCAGGUUGCUGUUAGGAUCAGAUGCCCUCGAGCCUUUUCAGCACUUAGCGUGAUGUCUGGGACGUAGAAAGCCCUC